AAAACACCAGGAGGAGAAAGACACGAGGAGGAGAAAGAUGAGUAUUAGUGAAGAGAGGAGGAGAUUCAUAGAGGAGUCUGUCUCAGUCCUUCACCAGAUGAAGUCAACCAUGUUGCCUACAUUUCCCAUGAUGCUCUAAGUGACAAACUAUCAAACAUUUUAUCAGCGUUUUAUUAGAUGCUUCCCAUCAGUGAUGAUGACAUGUUUCCGUGGCAACCGAGAGGAGUUUUAUGGAGAGGUUCUCCUAUUGGACGAAAGGAAGAUCGCAUUAACCGGCGAGCAAGGUCUCAAGAAGUCCUCCCGGGCAGUGGCAAUCUUGGAUCAGGUGUUCUCUCACUUGCAGCUUAAGGAGGAAAAGUUCUUUGGUUUGAAGUUCUGUGACAACAAACAGCAGACGCACUGGUUGGAUCCCUCCAAAACCCUCCUACAGCACCGAGCGCUCAUUGGUCCUCCAUACAUUUUCUUCUUUGGAGUCAAAUUUUACGUUGAGGAUCCGUCCAAACUGAAGGAAGAAACCACACGGUAUCUUUUUUACCUGCAGGUGUGUCAGGAUGUCCGCCGAGGUCAUCUGCCUUGCCCCGCCUACCUCAAACCUCGCCUCUAUGCACUGAUGUUGCAGGCUGAUGGUGGUGAGUGGAGGGACGGGGAGCAUGUGGGGGAGGAACAGAUGGACGACAGAUUUCAACAAAUCUAUGAAUCACUACGUGAGGUCUCUCGCCCUCAGGCUCGCUCUCUUGUUCUCUCCCUCUGCGGUUCAUUUCGAAUGUUUGGAGUUUUUCUCUUUACUGCAUAUUCGGAUCAGGCGUCGUUUGCCGUGCUGUGUACAGGGGUGCACGAUGGCCGACCACAGCUCAACUACGACCUGAUGACCUGCUCCCAUCUGGUCGGGAGGAUUUCUGGCAUGUUUGAUAUUUUGGUCGUAUGA